GUUAAUGACCUGAUCGAUAGCUUAAGAAAAGAAUGGCCAACCCUAGCUUGCCCCAGCAGCGAUGGAACCCAUUUCUGGGAACAUGAAUGGGAGAAGCAUGGCACCUGCUCCGAGUCUGCCCUCAACCAACACGCCUACUUCCAAGCAGCACUCGAUCUCAAGAAGAAAAUCGACCUCCUCCAAAUUCUUAAUGAUGCAGGGAUAAAGCCUGACGGUGGAUAUUACAGUGUGAGCAGCAUCAAGGAUGCAAUAAAGCAAGCUACAGGUUUCACUCCAUGGAUAGAGUGCAAUGCGGAUGAAGGAAGGAACAGGCAACUGUAUCAAGUUUACAUGUGUGUGGAUACGUCUGCUACUAAUCUGAUUGAGUGCCCAGUCUUUCCAAGGGGGAAGUGCACGGCUCAAAUUGAGUUCCCUCCCUUCUAGACAUAUUUGCUCUUAAAAGUCCAUUCAGUAUCUUGAAUUUAGUUUUUUUUUAUUUAUAUUUUUGCAAGAUUCUCUAAAAAAUGAUGAAGUUUAUUUUCACUCAAGACGGGCGAAAACAUAAAAAUUAUUACA